GGUGCGCUGUGUCCCUCGGACACAGCGGAUCACCGAUCACGGAAAGAGCCGAAGAUGUCGGCUCGGUCAUGUGAUCAGCGAGGGGACAUGUACACUGAUCAUCAGGGCACUGAUGAUCAGUGUGCCCUGAUGAUCAGUGUAGCCCCAGCAGCGCCACCUGUCAGUGUCCAUCAGUGCCUCAUGUCAGUGCUCAUCAGUUCCUCGUGCCAGUGCCCAUCAGUGCCACAUCAAUGCCACAUAUCAGUGCCUACCAGUGCACAUCAAUGCCACAUAUCAGUGUCCAUCUGAGCUGCCUUUCAGUGUCACCCAUCAGUGCCAGUCAGUGCCACCUAUCAAUGUCAAUCAGUGCCACCUAUCAGUGCCACCUAUCAGUGCGCAUCAGUGCAGCCUAUCAGUGCCAGUCAGUGCCGCCUAUCAGUGCUGCCUAUCAGUGCCAUAUAUCAGUGCCAUGUAUCAGUGCUGCCUUUCAGUGCCCAUCAGUGAUGCCUGUCAAUGCCCAUCAGUGCCACCUACCAGUGCCUCCUCAUCAGUGCCCAUCAGUGCCACCUAUCAGUGUCCAUCAGUGCAGCCUAUCAGUGCCCAUCACUACAGCCUCAUUAGCGCAUAUCAGUGAAGGAGAAAAAAUCACUUAUUUACAAAAUUUUAUAACAAAAACUAAGAAAAAAACUUUUUUUUUCAAAAUUUUCAGUGGUUUUUGUUUUGUUUAAGAAAAAAUAA